AUUCCAUCUUCUAAAUUGAACAAUUAUUACAAAAUAACCAUGACAAAGUUGAGCUUUUUCAUUUUCUGCUUUAUUUCCAUGGCCAUAACCACCAUGGCUCAGCCACCGGUGCUAGACACUGAUGGACAGCCGGUCCAGACCGGCGUAGAAUACUAUGUUGAGUCUGGAAUAUUUGAUGUCGCAGGUGGUUUAACAUUAAUCAGACGCAACGACUCAUGUCCACUGUACGUUGGUCAAGAACCCUUCACACCACCCAACGUGUCACGGGGUUUUCCGGUCAAAUUCAAGCCGUACAAUGAUAGUGAGACCAUUAUUAGGGAAGGAAGGGAUUUGACAGUUACGUUUCAAGCUUUCACGACAUGUAUUCAGUCUACUGCUUGGAGAAUAGGUGAAGUCAAUCCAGCGGGAAGGAGGUUCAUUGUGACAGGAGGAGAAGCUGAUUACUUUAGGAUUCGAAAUAAUGGAGGUGAUUAUAGUUUUGAAUGGUGUCCAGCUGAGUCUUGCCCUACUUGUGAGAGGCCAAGGUGUGGGGCUGCUGGUAUUUUUACUGAGAAUGACCAGAAGUUUUUGAUUUUAGAUGUUCCUAUGGCAUAUCCUUUCCUGUUCAGUAGGGCUUAAUUUAUUAUAUGUUCUUCUUCUUCAGCCGGUAAAUGUCAAAAAGAGUGUUCUUUUGGCAUUGGAUUGUGUUGUAAUAGUAAAUAAAUGACAUGGAGAUACUUCCAUGUUUAAUCUGUUGUACUUUCAAAGAAUUAAGUAAUUUAUAGAUAAAUCUUAUUAAUUUGUUU